AUGGUAGACAAAGCAAAAGUCUUGGAUGGCAGUGUCGUUGGAAUGACAGAGUUUGUAGAUAAUUGUAAAGGACGCUUGAUUGUACGCGGUUACAUUAAAACAAAGCCUGAGGACUUUAGGGUGCACGAGAUCAGUGCAACGGGUCAAGUGGUGAAUUUCAAUGAGAAAAAGGACUGCCUGCCAACGAAAAGUGAAUAUGAAGCUAUCAUAAAGAAGCUGAAAGCAACGCAACAGAAGGAAAAGAAGACGAGGAUUCAAUUUGAUGAGCCUGAGAAUGGCUGGCAACGAACGCUGAUGGAGUUGAUUGGCGCUAAAAGCUUUGAAGAUGUUGAGAGUGUGGCAAUUGGCAGGACUGAGGAUGCUGUGAUUGCAUCGCCCACGGAUUUUCAGAAGCGAGUGUAUCUCCAAGUCUGUAUCCAAAAUUGCUUUCCAGGACUGGACUGCAAGAUGCACAAGGUGUCCUCAUCGGAGGAUUGUACGACACAGCAGAUUCAGGUGGUAUUCGACCCUGUCUACAAGAAAUUUCGAGAAGGAGGAAUGACGCUGGAGAAUUGUGAUCGUCUACUUACGUUUCUUCGAAAAGGAGCAAAUGAUCCAGCGGCAUCGAAAGGACUCGAGCUUGAGCAUGAGGACACAAAAGAAGCUCGAACGAUGCUGCAUCGUUUGAUUGCCAAGACCUCGGCGUGCUUUAAAACCAAGGCGGAAGCCCGAAAUGGUAUGCAGCACCUGGUUGUAUACUUUUUACCAAAGAGCCAUAAGAAGCGUAAGCACUCUCAGCCCCAAGUGUAUCUUCGAUUUGUGCUGCAAAAGACCGACCACGAACAUUUCUCGGCUUUUGAUACAUUAGCUCGCAGACUUUGUCGCCCAGUCUCGGCAUUUUCAUACGCAGGCACGAAAGACAAGAGAGCUAUUACAUUCCAGCACGUUGUAGUCAGUGGAAUCGAGUCUGAUCGGCUUUUAAGCGUCAAUACGUCUGAAGACAAUGCGACAGCGGCCAUUCGAGUGGGAAAUCUUACGUAUGUCGAAAGUCCGAUGUCACUAGGUGGAGCAAAUGGAAACAGGUUUAUAAUCACGAUCCGAAGACUUUCUUCCGACUCGCAGUGCACUUCAGAGAUUAUUCGGUCGACGCUCGAGUCUGCACUAAACAAUAUUGAGCAUCAAGGCUUUAUCAAUUACUUUGGCUUCCAACGCGUUGGUCUGCCGACGAGUAUGGCGAGGGCUCAUCAUAUUGGGGAGAAGAUGAUUGCUAACAAAUGGGAAGAAGCUCUGAGACUUAUCUUAGCAAUCAAAGACGAAGAUUUCGAGGCUACUGGCAGAGCAAAACGGCUUUAUCUUGAGUCGGGUGAUGUUGAAACUGCUCUCAAGGUUUUGCCGCACGGCAUGUCCAUAGAACAUCAAGUGCUUCAAGGAUUAAAGCGGCACGGAAGUGACGCAUUCGAGCAAGCUGUUGGAACCGUGGCAUUUUCGCGUCGUGUGAUGUACAUGCAUGCGUAUCAAAGCUUACUUUUCAAUCAGAUGGCGUCAUUUCGUCUGCGUCACUACGGAACCAAGGUUGUGGAAGGUGAUCUGAUUCAGUGCGAUAGCCAAAAUGGGAGAGCAGUGAAAGCAGUCACUGCGGAUGAAGCAAAUGAGCUGAACAAGACUUGUAAACAGGCGCUGGGACUAGUUUUGCUACCGCUGGCUGGAACGAACGUGUUGUUCCCAUCUAACGCAACAAAGGACGCGUGUAUUGAGAUCAUGGAGCAAGAUGGCACGAAAAAAGCUCUCUUGGAGUCGGGGACGCUAAAAGGUGCCUACCGAUCUCUGGUUGCGUACCCGCAUGACCUGGAAUGGGCUUGGCAACAAGACCAAGACGAGUCGCUCUUACUGCAGCUCUCGUUCUCUCUUGACAGUGGAUGUUUUGCGACUAUGUGCUUACGUGAGUUGCUUCAUUCAGACAUGUAG